CUUGAAACUUCCGGCGUGACUUGUCUCCGUCUAAGGCAUUUUUAGAUGUAAAUAAGGCGAACACUAAAGGUCUCUUUCCAGACGUCCGGAUUGUAUCGAAGAGGUAACAAUACAAAAUUCAGAGGCAAUGAAGCUUAUUAUAGCGAUCUCUUUUGCCCUGUUUACUUUAGCCAACUGCGUUUGCAUUCAAAAAGAAGAAGGAGGGCCAGUCCAUUGCUGUGAUCAGAGAGAACAUGGCGGUUCCUUGCGAUGUUGCGCGGGGCGAAACAGCAGUUGCGGCAUGGAGAAUUUUGUUCACAGCGCUCUGUGUUUUUGCGAUGAAUUUUGUGAAGCCGCUGGGGACUGCUGUCCGGAUUUCGAGAGCGUAAAAGAGCCAUGUGGAUGGGGAAAGCGUAAGUCAGAAUAUUGAAAUGUUUUGUGCUUUCUUUGUACCGGCGUUUAGAGUUAAUAGCCGUUCUUUACGGGUUGAAGGCUCUACCUUAGACUGCACCAGUUUUUCGCCAUUUUUGAAUGUUUAUAGCUAUUAAGCGGUUUGGGCAAACAAUGAUGGCUCCUCGUGAGUCUGUUUGGAUAUCACUGGUCUGUUGAUAUUUUUAACGCCCGAUCCGAGCCAGCAUUGUUCAAUGAUAAAAUCUUAGUACUUUUUGUGAUAGUAUAUUAGUUGUAUUAGCAGAAAGGCCGAUAAGCGCGUUGAGUUUAUUGUCCAUUAAUCGAUGCUUUGUUUCCCACCGAAAUGGGUGAAAAAGCGUUGGCGGCUUUGACAAGUGAAGAUAAGUUUGUUUUACCUUCGGAAAUAAAAACAAUUAGAUCUCAAGCGAAUCGGCCAAAGAGGUCGCACUCUUCUCUGAAGCCGCGAGAAAGAAGUGUCUUGUCGUGGACGUGUUUUCUGUUACAAUACUGUCAUAACCCGACUUCCUUUUAACAGAGGGCGAAGACCGGCUAUCCGCAAAGAACGAACACCAAAAUGGCAGGAAAAAAGAGCCGCGGCAGAGAAAAAAAAUGGCUGGUCUAGUUUUCUUAAAGGGGAUUACUAAGUGAGAUAAGAGAAGAGCUCAAUAUAUAGAAAGAAAAUGAAUUGAUGGUGUCACUCCGUUUUCUCGUGUCGUGUCCAGUUGAAGGGUACACAGAGCAUUCAUUGUUAUUUCUUGGUCGGUGGGGUCACUUUUUUCCGGCCAUGCAAUACUGAUCUGCCGUAUUUAUUUCUUUCAUCUUAGCGGCAAACAUAAGCCUUUUAGUGUACUUCUUGCAGAUUUUGCAGAAACAAAACGGGUUUAAAGAUGUAUUAUUUUAUAAAGCUCUUGGGACCGGAUUUCAAAGUAUAUGGCUAGUCCAAAAAAUUAUUCAUCAAACUUUUCAAAUCGUGUUCCCAAUAACGUCCUAUAUGGGGUAAAAGACAAGGGGAUACAUAGGUUUAUCAUAAGUUGUUAACGAGUACAGUAACAUAAAAAUUGUUAAAGUUGAUUGUUUACAUCGUAAAUCGAGCCUGACGAAAUUUCGUGACAGAUAAAUGAUGCCAAAAAUAGAAAGAGAAGAUGAUAAAGUUGAUGAUAGGAAGGUAUUCUUCCUUGUCACUUAACAUUUUUACGAGUUCAAAUUUAGUUCAAGCCAUUUGACACGUUUGUACUUUGUAGCCCAAAAGAAUAUACGAGAGCUAUCGUUGGUUUUUUUUUUAGCUUUUUUCGUUUUAUUUGGUUUAAAGUUGGGUAAGGAGAUACGAUCGCCAUCUUUGUUCAUUUUUUUGAUGGGGAUUUAGCAGUAAAGCGCUUAAUAUAUUCCGAAUUAAAUUGAAACGUAAAGAGUGUCUUGUCGACUUUUGCCUACCAGAAAGAAAAUGUUUAAUCCUCUUAAAGAUCUCAGAGAAAAAGAGGCAGUCAAAAAUAACUAGCAUGAGGGAAGAUCCUUUAAUACACAAAUUUCCCUUGAGCUUGGACUUAAAUACUACUGAGAAAGUAGAGAGUGAGUUGUUAACGCAAUUGUUCUUAGGAUGUCUCUACUGGAGAACGUGCGUAACCUCUGAAAUUCCGAGGAACCACGUUACGGUCAUUUGACAUUUUUCUCAUUUGUAUCAUAGGAGCUAUUCAUUUAUCAAACUGAGGAUUUAUGCUAGAAGUAUAAAUAGAUUUUAAAAUAGAAGUUCUCCUAAUAACCCUGUAAAGAGGAUUUUCCAAAUCUUUCGUCUGAUGAUACAAAGUACCGGUACCAAUCUCUCUCCGUAUUAAGUUUCUUUCUCCAGGCGUUCGGAUGAGAAUGGUGUUUUUAUUUUCAAUCCUGAGAAUUAAACACUGUAUCACUCAAUCAACAGCGAAGAGUAUAUAAUGACGCCAUUUACUGUAACUUAAAUCAGGAAAACUUAAAAUUCUUGCUCCUGUUGAUAGCCGGCUCGGAGAAUGUCCUUAUUAUUUUCAUCAAAGGAAUGCGUAGGCAUAGCACACGAAUCAUCGGUUGAAACAGUUAAAAGACCCGGGCGGGUUACAUAAGGAUUAGGGUGAAGUGUAUCAAAGGUUUCAAAAAUCUUUGUUGAUUGCUUGAUGAGAAACACCCGACAGAUUUAAAAAUAGUUACUUUUUUAGGUAGAAAUUUGGAAAAAACUAUUCUCUUCUGCUUGAUAUCAGAAAAAAAAUUACAAUUAAUAUUUAGAGAUCAAACUUGCUAGAAAUGGUACGGCUUUUAGAUUAUACUAAAAGCCGUGCAUGCUUUAAAAGCGGCUUGUUGACCAUACACGAAAGACUCGGUCACGAAGUUGACAAACAACUUCAACAGAAGCUUCUGGAAUCCUUGACAACUUUUUAAAUUACGAUAGGAGGAUUAAAGGCCCUGUUUAGAUUAGAUUGUGACUUAAUUGGCCCUAAAAACCCAAUUGUGAUCGGCGAAGUUGAUCUAAAACGAGUUAAAAAUUUUCUCCGAUUACAGCACUACUUGAUAGUUCCUCAUGUUUUUUACUGCUUCAGAGUUAAAGUUCAUAUUAUUUCCUUGCUUUCUAUCAUCGAUUACUAAAAAAGAUAUAACUUGCGCACAUUUUAGGCCGGAACUAAUGGGUCGUGUUUAGAAUCAAGAGUAAUAGACGAAAAUGACACAAGAGGGCAACAAACUUAUCAUCAUAAAGGGCUAAGCGUGACCUCUAGCUUGCCGAGUUUACGUCUGGUCCACGUGCUCGGGGACUGAUAUCUGUUUUGACGUCAUCAAGACCCAUCAAUAACGCCGACCAUUAAUAUCAUAUCGGAAAGAUGAUAAUCAAAAGCACGAGCCACCGACAAAACAAACUAACAGUGUCGUAAAAGUUAUUGACAGAGUAUAGGAGGGAUUCUGGGACGCCGCUUUGUCCACUCUCGCUUGGUAAAAACGAACGAAAACAGUUAAAACCACUGAAAUAACAUUGCGUCAACCGUUGUAGUGAUCAGAAAAGGUUUAUGCAGUUCCUAAGUUGAUCUGACCAAUCAGAACAGGCGUAGUUACAAUUCAAUGAACCAACAGAACCUGGUCCCAGGCGCAAGCGCGGGAAAAAGCGGGUGCAGAAGGCCCAGAAUAGUCGCUUGGUUUUGUUUUCACUUCUGAUUGGCUGAAAAAUUGGAGUAUUUAUAUCUGUGUAACCAAUCAUGGAAAAGCAAAGCUCUUACAGCCGCUUUACUUCAAACACUAUUUUGUUUCGAAAAACAUACAAUUGUUUUGUUGGCUGAGCAUUUCUCGAAAUUUUGGCGGCAAUACAGUUCUUACACAAGAUGUCUGACCUUUCUAAAAGGCAAGUCUGCUCUCUAAGGGAUUUGCUGAUUCCGGUUCAAUCUCUUUUGACUGUGUUGAAACAUAACUACGUCACAGUAUGUAUGAACUUCCCACUAUCACUUGACUGACAGAGAGAAUACGUCCUCUCCUAAGUCUUAAGUCCCUAUAUUUAAGACUGUUCAAUUUCGUGGCGCAAAAGAUGAUUUACAUCCAUUUUUCUUACGUUUGUAAAGCAAAAUUGUUUUGUAAAAUGGCUGGCACAAUGCCAUAUAAGUCACUUGUAGCGUUCAAAUCAUGAGAGCUCAACUACGCAUACUUUGUCUCCAUAGGGAAGCGAGAUUGUGAGGUAAGCGAAUGGUCAGAUUGGGGUCCCUGCGAGCCGGCAUGCGGUGUAGGUGUUAGUAAGAGAACUCGUACCGUCAUUUUCGUGCCAUUGAACGGAGGCAAGGAAUGUCCACCACUUACAGAAAAGAAAGGAUGCCUGAACAAGAUUUGCGGAAGGGAGGCUGGUAAGAACCACUGGGAUUUCUUUUCAGAUCACGUGACGUUUUCGCCUAGUGUUACUAUAAUCUCUCGGGAGACUGGUGACAAUCGCAACGAUGUAGUUUUUAUUCGCCAAUAACCUACAUAAGCCCCUCAAAUGUCAAAUAUGUAGAAUUGUGCGCCUAUUAGAAAACAUGAGAAAAAGGUUAUAAAUUUGUGAGAAAUGAAGACCCGUUAAUUUAUAGGGUCAAAUAACAAGAAAGAAAGAUCGUUUGACUAGAAUACAAAGUUUAUGCAUAGUACCUUGUGAAAUUUCACACCACAUGGAUUUAUUCUCGGACUCAAUAAACAGUACCUUGUGAAAACACAGUUGAGAGAAGCUUUCAUUCGCAUUUUCAUGAUCGUACGACGGGAUUUUGUGUAAAGAUACACAUUUAGAACCAUACAUUUCCUCUUGGUUUUUUCAGGUUUAGCGCGCAUUCUGCCUCACAAGUACGAGAAAGAUCGGGGGAUCUCAAAGUGGAAAAGCAUCAAACCAGCAUCUAAACAAGUUAAGACAGAGAAACCAAAAAGGUAGUAUUCUCUCGUACCCGUAGUAGUUUUUUGCGUGCUCGUUCUGCAUGGACGCAUUUAAUUAAUUAGAGCUCAUUUUCGAUGCGAGCGCCGGUCUGCAGGCUCCCAGAUAUUGGUCUGCCGAGCGGGAUGACGUGGGUUCCAACCCCAUCCGUAAAAAAGAACCCACACUGCAGUUCUAAAAGAGUAGGGGAUUUAGACCCCGGUGUUGUGGUCUAUCUCUCAUUGAGGGAGGGGAUGGGGGAGAGGGGACUGUUAGACGUCCCUUUGAUGCUGAAUAUGACGUCAUCGUCAUCGUCAUCAUCAUUAUCACUUUUAUUUAUACACUGUAAAAACAAUCAGGGUUAAUAUACAAUAUGCUAAUCCUAAAAAUGUUUACAAACUAUAGAAUUAACGGUAAUAGCAUUUACAAAGAUGAAUGUUAAAAUAAAUAAAUAAAUAAAUAAAUAAAUAAAUGAAAUUAAUUUAUAAAAUUAAAGCCUGUUUUCCAUGAAUGUCGUGUUCGAGCUAGAAGUUAACAGUUUCCGAAAGCCAGUCAAAGAUUUUGCUUGUCUUGCAUCAGUAGGCAAAUUGUUCGUCAGAACGGCUCGGCUGUAGCAGAAGCUAUUUCUAUAGUAAUUGAUUCGUGGCAAGGGAAGAGCAAGCUUGUGUUCUGAAUCUCUAAGGUUGUAAGACAAUGUUAUAUGACAAAGUUUUUUUUUCCACAGACCGAGCUACUGUGUUAACUACAAGGUAUUCUUCAAACACCCUCAUUGCAAGAAUACCUGGGCAGACCAACUCAACCCACAGAAGCCAAUCUGUGUGGAAUGUCAAGAUCACACUAUGAACAGACACGGCAAAUGCAAGGGAGAGGGGAUUAGUGCCGAAAUAACUCUUUGGGAGGGGGUGGACCUGCGGAGUUGUUACGGUGGUUGGAUGAAACUUGGACCGAGGAUCCCCAACUGUAAAUGUGAAAACGAAGAAUUUAACAACUUUAUAUUUGUAUAAAGUCAGUUAAAAUAACGAUUUAGCUUUUAUUUCUUUUGCUGUGUUUAAAUCAUUCCUCGUCGUUAAAAGGAUAUUACUUGACUCAGGUUCAUUGAAUAUGUCUUGGUACAAUUCUCUAUCUAUUGCUUAUAUUUACUCAUAAAUAACUCAGCGAUAUUCGAUUGAUCCGAGCGAAUAAUAUUGUCUAGUUUCAUUAUUGUAGCUGAGCAUAUAAGUGAUAAAAAAUAUCUUGUUUUCGCAUGACUCACUCUCAACUUACAUCUUCGACGGCUUGUGCAAAAUAAUAUAUCGCUAUCUUUUUUUAAACACAUUUUAGGAGCUUCAUACUAGACUUUUUGCAUAUGCUUAAAGAGGAAAGGAAAAAUGGGAAAGGCUAAUUAAUGUGACAACCCAUUUUGCAAUCUGCACUAGCACAAUUUAGUCUGUCUCACUUUCUUAAAGGCUGAAUCAUUGGAUAACGGAAUUCUAGAGCUCUGAUUGGCUUAGCCAUCACGAAAUAUUUAACAAUUAUUUCUCGAGCCCGAAGGGGCUCUGAGUCAAUAGCCCAUGAGGCCGAAGGCCGCAUGAGCUAUUGGCUCAGAAGCCAUGAGGGCGAGAGGAGUAAUUGUUUUAGUAAAAUUUGAAUUUUGAAGCUAGACUUAAAUCCUUUUUUGCAGCCAAAAAGCCCACGCUUUUCGCUACUAGUGGGCUAUUACAUAUAGGCUAGUAGUAGCUCAACCAAUCAGAACGCAGCAUCGAUAAUAGACCACUGGCUGGAUUUUACUAACAGCCAUUAUACCAGGCUCUCCAAGGUAACUGUAGCGUCUGCUCGAAAUUGAAAACAAGCUGAAAAUCGGUUAUUACAAAUAAAGUAGGGAAGAAUUCUCGAUAUUCUUUGGGCGUUUUUAAUAAAACAAUUACUCCACUUGCGCUUGAUGGAUAUGAGAUGAUUAUAGCUAACUCGGCGCUACGUGUCUCAUUGGCUAUCACCAUCUCAUAUCCAACGCGCACUCGUGGAAUAAUUGUUAAUUAGUUUAUCUUAAGGGUUUCUAAGAUUGAUAAAAUUAACCUAAGUGCUAUUAGAUGUUCCUUAACUCUCUCUUGACACAGACUUCCAUUAAUUGGUUUGAGUUGACAAUGACAUUCUUUUCAGACUAAUUUAAUGAUAGCUUCUUCUCUGGUAACUAAAGGUAUACGUAAAGAAAAAAUGGGAGGGAUAAUGGAAAGGUUUAGCUUUGCUAGUAUCAUAUAU